AUACUCAAGGAGGAGAAUGCUCUGACCAAGGCAGAGCUCUGGGCACAGAAGUACCAAGAUGCUCACCCUGUCUGGUUAGGGAGUUUCUCAGCGUUCCUAGUUGUCACCAGUCCCGACUAUGCCAAGGCUCUGCUGUCCAGAGGAGAUCCCAAGGAUAACAUCAGCUAUAAACACCUUAUCCCAUGGAUUGGGAAAGGGUUGCUGAUCUUACAUGGGCCAAAAUGGCACCAACAUCGAAAACUCCUGACUCCUGGGUUUCAUUACGACAUCUUGAAACCAUACGUGGCCCUGAUGGCAGAGUCUACUAACGUGAUGCUGGAUAAAUGGGAGAAGCUGAUCACAGAUGGGAAACCAGUGGAGCUCUUUGAGCACGUCAGCUUGAUGACUCUUGAUAGCAUCAUGAAAUGUGCCUUCAGUUAUCACAGCAACUGCCAGACAAGCAGGAAAAACACCUACAUCCAGGCUGUCUAUGACUUAUGCCAACUGGUGAACCAGCGCCUCCGCAUCUUCCCCUACCACAAUGACAUCAUUUACUGGCUCAGCCCACACGGAUACCGGUUCAGGAAGGUCUGCCAGCAGGCUCAUGACCACACAGACAAGGUGAUCCAAGAACGAAAGGAGUCCCUUAAAGAUGAACAGGAAUUUGAAAAGAUCCAGAAGAAGAGACAUUUGGAUUUCCUGGACAUUCUACUGUGUGCCAAAGAUGAGAAUGGAGCUGGACUGUCUGAUGAGGACCUGCGUGCUGAGGUGGACACGUUCAUGUUUGAGGGCCACGACACAACAGCCAGUGGGAUCUCCUGGCUCUUUUACUGCCUGGCAUCGCAUCCUGAGCACCAGACACGGUGCCGGGAGGAGAUCCAGGAGAUCCUGGGGCAACGGAAGACACUUCAGUGGGAGGACCUGGGCAAGAUGACUUACAGCACCAUGUGCAUCAAGGAGAGCCUUCGCCUUUACCCACCGGUGCCCGGCGUGUCCCGGCAGCUCAGCAAACCCAUCACCUUCCCUGAUGGACGCACCUUGCCAGAAGGCAGCAUUGCCGUGAUAAGCAUGUACCUCAUUCACAGAAAUCCUGCAGUAUGGAAGGACCCUUUGGUGUUUGACCCUUUGCGGUUUUCCCCAGAGAACAUCUCUGGCAGACACUCUCACGCCUUUCUGCCUUUUUCUGCUGGAUUGAGGAACUGCAUCGGGCAGCAGUUCGCCAUGAAUGAGAUGAAGGUGGCACUGGCCUUGACGCUGCUGCGCUUCGAGCUCUCACCUGACCCGGCGCAGCCUCCCUGCAAAAUACCUCGGGUCAUCCUUCGCUCCAAGAAUGGAAUUCACCUGUAUCUAAAGAAAAUCCGCUAA